GAUUAAUAAGCAGCGUUACAGUACCCUACGGAAUGUUGGGUUAUGAUCACUUGUACAGCUAGGGGACAUGUUUUCCCUGCACGGCUCAGGGAGUCUCUGACGCGCUGGGAUCGCCAAUGCAAAUGAGUAGGCUAUGCUCCCCCUUGAUUUCCCUGGCUCGUUUAUAACGCGCUGAAACGGAGAGUGUCGAAGAGACCGAGAGGAGAGAGAGAGCAAGAACGGUUAUAUAACUACCUUUCGGGAGAAGACAAAAAUCAAGAUGGUUUAGGUCUUCAACAGAAGUGAAGGUCGAUCCCAUCGCCGGAUUCGGCAUUGACAUUGGUAUGCUGUUCCGAAUGAUGUAACAUCGAAGGUCUUCCCCAGCUACUCAGCUCAGGGUUUUUUCCGCUGACCGUUGCCGUGGAGAUUACUUCCAACUCCUGCUCCGCUGCGAGCCAUCCGAGGAAUCUGAUUACCGCCGCGGCCGCUCUCGGGGUCCUCGUAUACGGAAACAUGCGGAGAGAGAAGCGAGUUUUGGCAGCUUAAAGGCAGCGUGGCGCUGAUCGUCGAGGAGCACCCCGGAAAGGUCAGCAUGAGGUUAGACUGACGCUGCGAUGAGGCCGUAGAACCCCCCCCCCCCCCCCCCCCAACCGUGGAGUGGCACGUUUCCGAGGGGUGACGGUGUCAGCCAGCCAGCCAAGCCAAGCUAGCGUGGGCAUGGCAACACCCCUCUACAGACUGCGCUGCUUGUUACGGCGGGCCCAGAUGCUCCUCCUGUUCCUGGGCAUCGCCUAUCUGAUGGCGGGGAGCAUCCUGCUUCUGCAGCGCUCCGGCGUCCGCGGGCCCCAGACGGGCCCCGGGAGCCUCCCUCCACCGCUGGCUCUGCCCGCCCCGCCGACCCUGCCGAGGGCCCCCGCCCUGGGCGUCAGGGCGCGCUCCGGAUGGGAGGCCUCCCAGGGCACGUCGGGAGUGGGCGUCAGGAGCGGGCGCCACUGGCCCGCGUCGCGGAACGUCGGGGUUCGGCGGCUGCACCGUCGCUGGUUCCACGGGGUGGCCCCGGAGAGCCAGGAGCAGAGAGCUGCUCUGCACGGGGGCCGAAGACAUAAAGGGACCUACGUCGGUUGCUUCCUGCACGAAGCCAGUCAGCGAGCCCUGGGAGGAACGGUGUUGUACGACACGCGCAAAAUGACCAGCUCCUUGUGUCAAGACACCUGCUCCGAAAGUGGUUACAGGUAUGCCGGCUUGGAGUAUGGGUCCGAGUGCCACUGUGGCAACCGCAUCGGUAGCCCGCCGGCCGCGGAGGAGGAAUGCAGUCUGGUUUGCAGGGGGGAGAGGGCGACCCCUUGCGGAGGGGUGGGGCGUCUCUCGGUCUACAAGGUGGAGGAGCAGAUCCCGGGCCACAGGAAAUUCCGAAACGUCCGAUACAGUGGCUGCUUUAAGAUUCCAAAGAACACCACCAAGGCCUUUCCGGUCCACUCCCUCCAGCCAAAUCUGACUUCACAAGCCUGCAUAGAGUCCUGCACAGAUAAGGAGUUCCCGCUGGCCGUGAUACGGAGGCCCCACUGUCUCUGUGCCGGGGCAGCGCCCCUGCUCAGCCUGGGCCAGGCCCUGGAGGACCAGCUGUGUGAGCAGGCGGGUGGCCUCGACGCCACCCCCCAGCCUCAGUGGGACUACUACCAGGUCCACCAGACUCCUGUGCUUGACUCCAGGUGCAGAGAGCGCAUGUUCCUGCCUCAGCGCUCCCGAACCCUGGUGGCUCUCUCCAGCUUCCCCGGGGCUGGCAACACCUGGGUGCGUCACCUGAUCGAGCUAGUGACGGGCUACUACACCGGAAGCUUCUACUUUGACGGCGCACUCUACAACCAAGGGUUCAAAGGGGAGAAGGACUACUGGAAGAGUGGCCGCAGUAUCUGUGUGAAGACCCACGAGAGCGGCCCGCGAGAGAUUGAGAUGUUCGACGCGGCCAUCCUGCUCAUCCGCAACCCUUAUCGCUCCCUCGUGGCUGAGUUCAACCGCAAGUGCGCCGGACACCUGGGCUAUGCGUCAGACACGCAGUGGAGAAGCAAAGAGUGGCCCGAGUUUGUCGACAGCUACGCCCCCUGGUGGUCCUCCCACGCGCUCAGCUGGCUGCGAUUCGGCCGCAGGCUCCUGGUGGUGCACUACGAAGACCUCCAGAGGGCGCUCUUGCCCCAGGUCCGCCUCAUCAGCUCCUUCCUCAACGCCAGCAUGACAGAGGAGCGGCUGAUAUGUGCCCGCGGCCACCAGGAGGGCCACUUCAAACGCUCGGGAGCGCAGAAGCCCUCCUUCGACCCCUUCACCCCUGAGAUGAGGAGCGCCAUCGACUCCUACAUCCGCUCGGUGGACCAGGCCCUGAGAGGCAGGAACGUCAGUGGCUUGCCGCUAGAGUAUUUACCCAGAUGAUGAGACGUAGCGAGGAAGAGGAGCCCGUAACCCCAUACCACGUCCGAUGAGGGAGAGGGGGGACGCUUUCUUGACACCGAAGCAGCGUAGUCACCCGCAUCCUGGGCUGCGAUUUCUUUUCGCCAAAACGGAGGCUCAGAGUGACCCUCUGCAGCAUGAACACAAUGACUGAGGUAAUUGGACCACUGUCUCCCCUCCACUGAAGCCAUUGGGCCAGAGCACCGGAGGGGACUUAAGAGGCCCAAUGAGAUCAGAGGGAGCCCAGCUGCCGAGGAGGGCGGAGACCGGGACGGCACAUUUUUCUCGGUCCCCGGAGGAGUUGGGAGCGUGGAGCAAGUGCCUGACUGCACAAUCAAACCGUGUAGAACAAGAGGUUAAUGUGACCUCGAAAAGAAGUCAUGUGGAAUUUGUCUCUCUGUUCAUUAUCAGGUUUCGUCAGUAGGGAUUUGUCAACGGAAAAUGUGUACCAUGUCACCUCAUUGCUUUUGUGUCGAUUAAAUCCACAUUCUGUUUGGU